AUGAAAUUGAAAAGCACGAAGAAGGUGGAGGUGAAGCAGCCGGCGAUGGUGGAGGACGCGCCAGACCUCGAAGAAGGGCAGGACCAGGACCAGGGCUCUCCUCGUCGCAUCACGCAGCAGAAGGAGAUCAAGAUGAAGAUCAAGGCGUCGCGAGAGGAGGUGGACGAAUUCGAGCGAUUCUCCAGACAGGUGGAGGAUGUGCGACCGCUCUUCGAUGAGAUGAGCGCCAAGGUGCGCAAGAUGCGCGCCAUCUGCGCCGAGAAGGUCUACAAUCCGAAAUCAGAGGUCGCCUUUGAUGAGUUGAAGGCCAAGGUGGACGAGGUGGCGGGCCUCAUCCGACGCAAGAUCCUGGCCCACCAGAACAACGACAAGAACCAGCAGGAGGUGAAGGGCAAGAUUCUGGCCACACUCAUCAACGAGCUCGUCGUGCAAACCAACCGCUACAAGGAGGUGCUGGUGCAACAUGAGUCGGACAUGAAGGAGCGCAUCGCACGACACCUGGAUGAGGUGGCGGACGAGCAGGAGGUGGAGUCGGAGUACCGCUACGACGCCAACAUGAACACGGACACCUUUUUCAAGCGCUACGUGUUCAAGGAGGACGCCCAGCGCGCGCGUGAUCACCUCAAAGAGAAGCACCGCGACAUCGCCAAGAUCGAGAAGGACCUGGUCGAGCUCAACGGCAUCAUGCAGGACAUCGGCCAGCUGGUCGAGUACCACAACGAGCUGCUGGACCAGAUCGAGAUGAAUGUCGAAGAGGGAAAGGCCAAGGUGAACUUGGCUACCCAGGAGCUGGCGGAGACGAGGGUGAUCGUGCAGCAGAUUCGUAGGAAGAAGCUGAUGACCUUCCUCACCAUCGGCCUCAUCGUCGUCAUCGUGAUUGUCGUCAUCGUGGUCGUCGCCGUCAUCAUCCUGUGA